UUUCGUCCCUUUUAUUAUUGAGAUGCCUUGGAGUAGUUGGUGUUGUUUUAUUAACAGCUACAAGGAAAGGUAAGAAAGAGUCAAUGCACAGAGUGGAAAAAAUAAUUAGCCAUGCUGAAUUUGAUACAGAAACUCGCAGCAGCAGAAGCAGCACAGUCUUUCUCAAACUGGAGAAACCUAUCACAUUUUCUGAGGUUGUUGUCUCAGCAUGCCUUCCAGAAGAUUUUGCUACAUACAUUCUGAUGAUAAUUGGAAUUGUCAGUGGCUUUGAGACCAUGUUUGAAUGUGCAUGGCCAGUCAAAAGAGUGAAAGCACUUCAAAUCCUUUAUGUGGACAGGGACAUUUGUAAACUCACCCUUCAUAGCCUGGUCACAGAAAACAUGUUUUUUACUGGUAGGACAGAUGGAAAUCAUGUCUUCCAAGAAGAUGGAGGAGACCCCCAUGGAACCCAAAAAAACUGUGUUUGCUUUGUUACUGGUAUCAUCAGCUGGGGAGAAGGCUGUGGGAGUGAAAAAUAUGGGAUAUACACCAACUUGUUAAAUUUCCUACCCUGGGUAAGAAGUGUUUUGACAAAAAAUGUAAUGGCUUUGACAUUUGAUAAACCAAGUUGCCUUAGUGAUCAGACAUAAUUCAUAAGUAAUAUUUUCUUCUUUUUUAACAUAGUUGCUAAAAUUUUGACAGUUUGUUCUACCUUUAAGAGAUGCUAUAUAUUUAUUCAUGGGCUAAUAUCUGGUUCUCGGAAGGUGGGCUUGGACAAUCUGAAGAGCUUGCUGGUUCCAGACAAUAAUGAAAUUUCUUUAAAUGGUUUAGGAAGGUCUUCUGCUCUUGCUGUUAUGACCUGGAUUUGUUUAUUGGAGGCUUUGCUUUUGUGGAUAAGCCCCCCACCCCUCACAAUGAAAGUUGGAACUACCUCAAUGUUUUUGUGUCAGUACAUGCUUUAUAGAAACAAGCUGCACCAGGAUAACAGCAAAGCAAGACAGUAUCCAAGUUGGACAGCAUUUUAAAAGCCUCUGAAAAAUCUACCUGAUUUCCUAGAUAUAUAAACAUGUAUACAGAAAAAAGCCCUAGAAAAUGCAAAAAACACUCCAGAAAAGUCUAAUCAACUGUGCAUGUCACUGAGUGAAAUGAGUUGCUAGAUGAAGUUCCUUGAAUUGGAAAGGCUUUCUUGCUGUCACCAAAAUCACUGCUGUUCUGAUAGCUUCUUGCUUUCUUUCUGAGAUACUUUCUUCACCAACAUUAUUGAUAUAAUGAUUUUGGCUAUCAUAAUGUAAAUGCAUUGCAUACCCUACAAAUUAUAAUAUUUCUAUAUGUUAUUUAUAUAAAGUAUUAUUUAAAUCAUUCAUAACUGAAAAAAAUUUAAAUCUGCAAGGGUAGCUAAUAUUUCAAGACUAAUAAAAGCCUAAC